CCGUCUUCCUCUCCGGCACCACCCACCAUCGCCUCCCCCCUCUCCAUCGAUCGGACGAAUCUACCACCGAUCCGGGCUCUGGAGCUGCCGAUCUCGACGAUCUCUCUCGCGGGAGCGGCGGAAGAGAGAGGAGGAUGACGGACACGACGGACGACAUCGCGGAGGGGAUAUCGUUCCAGGCGUUCGAGGACGACUGCCGCCUCCUCGGCAGCCUCCUCCACGACGUCCUCCUCCGCGAGCUCGGCCCCCACUUCAUCAAGCUCUUCGAGCGCAACCGCAUCCUCGCCCAGAGCGCCGUGACGAUGCGCGCGGCGGGGAUGGAGGAGACGGCGGCGGUGGUGGAGCGGCAGCUGGAGGCGGAGCUGUCCGCCACCUCGCUCGAGGACUCGCUCUGCCUCGCCCGCGCCUUCUCCCACUACCUCAACCUCAUGGGCAUCGCCGAGACGUACCACAGGGUUCGUAAAUCACGUAGUGAAGUGCACCUAUCAAAAUCAUGCGAUGAUAUAUUUGACAAGUUGAUUCAAGGUGGUGUUCCUCCAGAAGAACUCUAUAAGACUGUCUGCAAACAGGGGGUUGGAAUUGUUCUGACAGCGCAUCCAACUCAAAUAAAUCGGCGAACUUUGCAAUACAAGCACCUUAGAGUAGCUCACCUUUUGGAGUUUAAUGAACGCCCUGAUCUUAGCCAAGAGGAUAGAGAUACGCUCAUAGAAGACCUGGCUAGGGAAAUCACAGCAUUAUGGCAGACCGAUGAGCUGAGACGCCAUAAACCGACACCAGUUGACGAAGCUAGGGCUGGCCUUCAUAUCGUGGAGCAAUCCCUCUGGAAAGCGAUACCACAAUAUCUUCGCCGUGUUAGCAAUGCUCUGAAGAAGCAUACUGGCAAGCCGCUUCCAUUAACCUGCACACCAAUCAAAUUUGGUUCAUGGAUGGGGGGUGAUCGAGACGGGAAUCCUAAUGUUACAGCAAAAGUGACUAGGGAUGUUUCCUUGUUGUCCCGGUGGAUGGCAAUCGACCUGUACAUCCGGGAAUUAGAUAGUCUCAGCUUUGAGCUAUCCAUCAAGAGAUGCAGUGAAAAGCUUGCAAGCUUAGCUAAAGAAAUAUUGCUCAAAGAGCCAGCAUCCGAAGACAAGAAGACCGGUACCUGGACCCAAACAGGACCACAGAACAGUGUAAAAGAUCAGCAUAACUUGCCACUGCCUGCACAGCUUCCUUCUGGUGCUGAUCUCCCAUCAUGUACAGAAUGCAAUGAUUGUGAAGCUCAAAUCAGAAUGGUAAAACUUCCAUGGAAUCAGAAGCGCCAGGGUAUUCAAAUUCCAGCAGAAAGAAGUGAUGACAGUCCAUUGCAUUCUCCUAGUCGUCACUCCGUGUCAGGAUCAUCACAAAUAGGUCGAACUCCUAGUGGUGGUCAACUAAGGAAAAUGCUGUUCACAGAAUCAAAGAUUGGCCGGACAAGCUUCCGGAAGCUUCUAGAGCCAAGCCUAUCCGAUAGACCAGGAAUUACUCCAUACAGGGUUGUCCUUGGUAACGUGAAAGAAAAGAUGGCGAAGACACGAAGACGACUUGAGCUUCUGCUCGAGGAUCUACCAUGUGAUUAUGAUCCUGCAGAAUAUUGUGAAACAGCGGAUCAACUUUUAGAGCCUUUGAUCUUGUGCUACAAAUCACUGCAAUCAUGUGGAUCUAGCAUUCUUGCCGAUGGCCGGUUAGCAGAUCUGAUACGACGGGUUGCAACGUUUGGUAUGGUUUUAAUGAAGCUCGACGUGCGCCAGGAAUCGGGCCGGCACACAGAAGCACUUGAUGCUGUCACGUCUUACUUGGAUCUUGGUGUUUAUAGUGAGUGGGAUGAAGAAAAGAAGCUGGAGUUCUUGACUAGAGAGCUAAAAGGGAAGCGUCCUCUAGUCCCCCCAUACAUACAGGUUGCUGCUGAUGUGCAAGAAGUUCUUGACACCUUCCGCGUCACUGCAGAACUAGGGAGCGACUCGCUUGGAGCAUAUGUGAUUUCAAUGGCCUCUAAUGCCAGUGAUGUCCUCGCGGUUGAGUUGUUGCAGAAAGACGCAAGACUAACAGUUAGUGGGGACCUGGGAAGGCCAUGUCCUGGUGGAACGCUAAGGGUUGUUCCCCUGUUCGAGACGGUGAAAGAUCUGCGAGAAGCCGGGUCAGCAAUCAGGAAGCUGCUAGCUAUCGACUGGUACAGGGAGCAUAUCAUCAAGAACCAUAACGGGCACCAAGAGGUCAUGGUGGGCUACUCCGAUUCAGGCAAAGACGCCGGCCGUUUCACCGCAGCGUGGGAGCUCUACAAGGCUCAGGAAGACGUCGUCGCGGCUUGCAACGAGUUCGGGAUCAAGGUCACGCUCUUCCACGGCCGUGGCGGCAGCAUCGGCCGCGGGGGCGGGCCGACAUACCUCGCCAUUCAGUCACAGCCUCCCGGUUCAGUAAUGGGGACUCUUCGGUCGACGGAGCAAGGCGAGAUGGUGCAGGCCAAGUUCGGGCUGCCGCAGACGGCGGUGCGUCAGCUGGAGAUAUACACCACGGCUGUCCUGCUGGCGACGAUGCGUCCCCCGCAUCCACCACGUGACCCCAACUGGCGCAACGUCAUGGAGGAGAUCUCCCGUGUCAGCUGCGCACACUACCGGCGCACGGUGUACGAAGACCCGGACUUCAUCACCUACUUCCAGGAGGCGACUCCGCAGGCGGAGCUCGGGUUCCUCAACAUCGGCAGCCGCCCCGCCAAGCGCAGGUCGUCGGCUCCGCUGGGCAUCGAGAACCUCCGGGCCAUCCCGUGGGUGUUCGCCUGGACGCAGACGCGGAUGGUGCUCCCGGCGUGGCUGGGCGUCGGCGCCGGGCUCCAGGACGCACGCGACAGGGGCCUCACCCAGGAGCUCAAGGACAUGUACAACGAGUGGCCCUUCUUCCAGUCCACCUUGGACCUGAUCGAGAUGGUGGUGGCCAAGGCGGACCCGCACAUGGCCAAGCACUACGACGACGCCCUGGUGGCGGCGCCGGAGCGACGGGCGCUGGGCGAGGAGCUGCGGCGGAUGCUGGUGCGCACGGAGAACUGCGUGCUGGCUGUCAGCGGGCACAGCAAGCUCUCGGCCAACAACCGGAGCCUGAGGAGGCUGAUCGAGAGCAGGCUGCCGUACCUCAACCCCAUGAACAUGCUGCAGGUGGAGGUGCUCCGGCGGCUGCGCCGGGACGACGACAACCGCAAGCUCCGCGACGCGCUGCUCAUCACCAUCAACGGCAUCGCCGCUGGGAUGCGCAACACCGGCUGACCCUUUCUUCUUUCUUGUUCUUUCCUUUCUGCCGUUUGUGGAAUCUCCUAGAUUCCAAUCCAAACCCACCUUACUCGUUUGUGUUCUUUUCUUUUGGCGGGAAGUUGAACUAGCCUGUAGGAUUUCAGAAGAACAAAGUCUGUGUCUUCACAUUCUCUGUCUCGUGCUUUAUA